AUGGAGCACUCAGGUCGCGGUGUGCUGUCGCCAGCGCGGCGGUGUAGCUCGGUGCCGAGGAAUCUGGAGGGAUCACGCAGCAGUCCGAGCUCUUUCUACGCCUUCCCGUCCACCCUCAACGACAUCCUGUUCGGUCCCCGACAGCGCCUCACCAAGUACGCAGACGGCAUGCAGGCCUUGCCGUACGCCAGCUCGGCACCCACUAUCGAGGAGGCAGAGGUCGCCGCUGCCGGUCCACUCGCCGACGCACGAGCAGAAGACGCGGCCGCCGCAACAGCCACCGAGGCCGUCAAGUCGCGCUCCCGGGAAGCAGCAGCGAAGCAGGCGGCGAAGGAAAAGGUCGUGACGGUGGCACCGGCCGAGCAGGAAGCCGCCAGCAAACCUCUCGAAGAGGACUCUGCUGCGGUCUUGGCUGUUGCUCCAGUGGAGACUGAGAGCGCGGCGACAGCGCAGAUAGGGGCGGACGCGCCGGACGACGCUGCAGCGCCCACUGCAGCCCACGAGGCUGAAAGCAUGGCAAAGGAAGAGGAGGGUGGUAAAACGGACGCCUCGCUCGACUACGUUGCCAAUGAGGCACCGUCACGUACCUUCAUAGUCGUCACCGCCGACGAGGCGGAGGAGGACACCGCCACAACGGAUGACGCUGCUGCUGCUCCUGCUGGGGAAGUAGCAAACAGUGCCGGCAGGGCCGACGCGAAGACAGUGCCCGAGGCGGCUGCAGUAGAGCAGGAGGAGGGAUGUGAGACCGCUGAGGAAGCACAGAGGUCGUCCGAUGCCGCCGAGAGGGUAGGCGCGGAAGAGCGGGAGACCGCCACGGUGCCGCACAACCACGGCCGGGAUGAGGCGACUGCGGUGGCGGCGGAGCCACCGCAACUGUGCACCACGUGUGAGAUGGUGGCCUUUGAUGCGGCGCAUAUCGCCGCGUGGAUGAUGAAGUACCGCCAUGAAACGGCGUACGUCCCUCCCGGGGUGCAGCGCUUCGUGCACGAGUUCAACGAGCGAGCGGCCAAGUUCACGCCGCUGCGGAUGGGUGGCACGAGCCCGACGCCGAGUGCCAUAGGAACUGCCGCAAAGAAGGGGAAGAAGGUCAGUCUAAGCCUCAGCUCCGUCGGCAGCUCGAAGACUGGGGUCGGCGCGCUGGCAGACCUGCCCAGCCGGGACGGCGGCGGGUUCAGCUCCUCUGCUGCCCUGCGCACCGGCACCAGCGUCGCAGUGAAAAAGUCGAAUGCGUUGGAGGCGCUCGGUGAUGUGUGGGAGGGCCGCCAGGAGGCACCGAUCUCGCUCGCGCAGGGCUCGCUGCGCCGCCGGGGUCUGUUCGGCGAAGUGGAGAAGAAGAAGAUCCACCACAUGGUGGUGGCGGUGCUGAACAAGGUGACCACCGACCCGGUCAAGUUUCGCGAAGUCAAGAACGAGCUGCUGCGCCUACCCAUCCCCGAGGCAAACGCGGAGCAGAUGACGAAGAUCGUGGACGCCUUCUUCACCAAGGCGGUGCGGGAGCAGCACUUCAGCCACAGCUACGCCGACCUCAUCGCGGCCCUCUGCAAGGUGCCGCAAGGACAGCACAUCGUCGGUGACAAGACACAGAGCCUUGAGUACCGUCUGCGCAUGGCAUUGCUGAAGCGCUGCCAGGCCGAGUUUCUGCAGAGUAUCCGAGCCGAGGAGACGGACGCGUCCAGUCCGACGACGAUGGCGACGGCGGCGGACGACAUGUCCUCCCCGCUGGUGUUCGCCAUCGAAGGCGCUCAGGCGAUCGGCGGCGAGACGGAGAAGGAGCGUCGCGACCGCAUGUGUGGCAACGUCCGAUUCGUGUGCGAGCUGUUCCUGCGCGAUAUUGUCGCCGCUUCUGUUAUUUCCGUCAUCUUCCGUAUCUGCUGUCUCGGCUCCGAGUUCGGGGAGUUUGCCGUGCCGCCGUCGUACACACCAACGGAGUCGCAGGUGGACGAAAUCAUCACCGUCGUAAAGACCGCCAAGGAGCGCUACUUUGUACACUCCGCAGAGGGGCGCCGGAUGCUGCCGCAGCUGCUGAGCCAGCUGGAGUACUGGGUGAAGCACUAUGCCAUCAGUCGCUGCCGCUUCGUGCUCAUGUCUACGGUCGAUGGCCUGCGUGCCAUGCUGCCCAAAGAGCCGGCCUCGCCGAUGAUGAGUGGUACGCCGAGUGUGGCGGCUUUCGUGACGCCUCAGCUGACGCACAUCUCGCCGACGCAGUCGCCGCCGCCUUGCGACGUCUCUGAGCAGGGGGUGGUCUCCGCAGUCUCACCCGCCCCACUGUCGGUUGCAGCGGCAUUACCAGUAGUCACUGCGGCAGACGCGAGCGGGCAGCUGUCGAUGAGCUCCACGAUGGUGGGUGGGCAGCCUCUGCCAGCACCACGCAGCAAGCAGGUGGGCAGUGUGAGUCAUAGUGACUCGGCCGGCUCGAUCAACGGCAUGGCGGCCACCGAGUCUCCUGUUACUGGCGCCAUCACACGCCCCAUCGUCACGCUAACGUCGCGGUCAACUCUUCAGCACGUGCGCCCUGAGGCUAUCGCAAAGCUGAUGGCGGCCUUCUCCAGUGGCCAAUGCAGCGCCGACGAGGUGGCCGUGCAGCUCUUCGACACGUAUGGCAAUGUGCUGCCGGCCCUCGGGGCGUGGAUGGACCGCUGCCUCUCCGUUGUCAAGGAAGAGAAGACACGCAAGCAGACCGGCGCCGUUCUUGUUGCCUGCGUAGAGCAGCUGACGGCGCACACGAACGCGAGCAGCGAGGAGGCGGCGGAGACGGUGGCAAUGUGUCGCGAGCAGCUGCACGAGGCAGCCGUGGAGGCCCUGCAGCGCGCCAUCGAAGGUAAGCUCUACGAGGACCUCCACGUCUUUCAGUUCUGGGCACAGCUCGUCCUGUCCGACCACGCGCGUUUCGUCUACGACGAGGAGCUGUUGAAUGAGGGCCUCGAGCUGCUCGUGUACACUGCUCCACCCGCCGUGCGCAGCUACCUCGUCGAAGUAGGAAAAUACAUGACAAAUGUACUCGUCGCCCCGGAAAAGUUGCCGUGGCAGGCGUCGACGGAGGCACAGUGCUUUGUGCGGUACCGACCGCUGCUUGUGCUGCACAGUCUCGUGAUGCCCGGCGGCCCCAGCGAGGCGCAGGCGCUGCUCGAUAACAUCGUCAGCUUUAGCGACGUGCGACAGCAGUCGCUGGAGUUGCGGCUCUACCACGCCUUCCGCACCGGCUCACCGUCCCGAGAGGUCAUCUUCGAGCAGCUGCGCACGUCACCGCGGACGACAAGCCGCGACUCGACGCUUGCUGCGGAGGUGCUUAGCGCGCUGCUCAUCGCAGAGCUGUGCUCCAACGGUGAUGCACUCGUGGAGGACAACAUGGACCUCCUUCAAAUCACCGUCGACGGCGUGACACGCGCGGAACGCGAGAUCGCCAUUGUGACCGAGGUCUACGAGAUUCUCCGCUACACGCCUCGCCCCAUGAUGAUGUCGGCCGCGGCCCGAGUGCUGCGCAAAUUUGUGUGCAUGCACAUCGUGUCCGACGAGACGAUGGAGCGGGCAGAUCGCUUUUACGAGGCGGAGCGCGACGGUGCCAUCGAGAAACCAACCCAAGAGGGCGUCCGCACGCUUGCUGCGCCGCCGAGCGCCGAGCUCCCGCGUAUUAUGGAUCGCCGCGGCACCGAUGACGUCCUGCUCAGCGGCAGCAUUUCUAUGCGCUCCGUGAACGGCGCAGUGGCUACGAAUAGCAACGGCAACGGCAACAACGGUGGCGGUGUUGGCGGGGGAACGGGGUCUGUGGAUGGAUUGCAGAGCUCCAACGCCAGCAGCUUCGGUGAGUUCCGCCCCCGCGACAGCCACCCACCGCGCCGCGAUGCAGACAGCGAGCACACCAGCAGCCGCCACUCGCAGCGGCAGCUGUCACCACGGCGGAGCAACCAGAGCAACAGCUCCUUCCAGACGGCACGCGGCGGCGAGGACAACAGCAAGCGACUGUACCGCAACUCCUACAAGAACCGUCGGCGCAGCCAAGGUGAAGGCGGAAACGAGCGGCAGUCCAGGGCAGGGGGCAGCAAAGACGAAUCGCCGCAGCAGCAGCCCACAGGGUCGUUGUCGACGUCAUCGAACUACGCUAGUAGUCGCGAUGGUAGCCGCCACGGCGGUGGGGGGGGCCGUUACGACCGUCAGCACGGCGGCUCGCGCGCCGGGCGAGGCAGCGGCCACUUUGACCGUGGUCGUGGCGGUAGUGGUGGUGGCCGCGGCAACGGCACCGCACUUCAUCGAGGGAGUGGCGGCGGUGGCAAGGCUGAGUAA